AUGACUUCAUUAAAAUUACAAUUAAAUAAACUUGCUGAUGCUCAUACACAAUGGCAAUUAACUGAUAGUGAAAGUCGUAAACGAGCAUCAUUUCUUUAUGAUCCAAAAGUUGCUUCAACACUUGAUCGAGAAACAAUUUAUUGUCUUGGUACAAAUGGUUUUGAAGAACUUUGUUUACUUGAUUCUGGUUUUGAAGAAUUCGAACGUGUACUUUUCAGUGAUACAAGUCUAACAUUUGAACGUAGUAUUCAAACUAAAGAAAUCAAUGAUUCACUAAAUCAAACUAUUCGACGAUUUCUUAUUCGUCUUUCACCUUAUUUUCUCUUGAGUCCAGCUCAUAAAGCACUUGAGUGGCUUAUACAUCGAUUUUUCAUUCAUUUUUACAAUGUCGAUGAUUUAAUGCGAUGCAUAUUACCCUAUCAUGAGCAUAAUUAUUUCACACGUGCUAUUCAAAUGUUUCGUUUCAAUGAUAAGCAUAGUACUUGGUCUUGGCUUGAAUCUGCUCAAAAAGCUGGAACAACAAUUUCUGGUCUUGUUAUGGCUAAUCGGUGUGCAACUGAUUUAGGAUUUUUAAAUUUUAUUUGUGAAUCCACUACAAUGGCAGUUCAAGAAUUUGGUUCAAAUAAUUCAUCAUUACGUGUAAUAAUAAAUUUUUAUCUUAAAACAUUAUGUUCAACUAUAUUACAUUCAUUAUCACAUAAGAAAAAAAAGAAAAAGAAAAAUUCAAAUGAAGAAAAUUUUAUUGCUCAAUUCAUGCCUUAUUUACUUAAAGGUCUUAAAUCAAAAUGUCUUGAUUAUAAACGAGCAACAUAUUUAAUUCUUUCAAAUUUAUCAAAUAUAUUUACAUUUCAAAUCAAUAUUAAAGAUGAAAUACUUAAUGUUCUUUCUAAAGGUUUUUCUGAUGAUUUAAUCAAAGAAAAUCUCUUAAUCGUCUCAGUGUUUCUUAACAAUCAACAUCAUCAAUUAAUACCUGAUAGAUGUUUUCUUAAAUUAUGUCAAAUGUCAAAUAUAAUUGAUGAAAUAUUUCAAUUAUCAAAUGAUGUUCGAAUAGACAAUUUUCUUUGUGGAUGGUUUGAACAAUUACUUAAUCAUAUUUUAAAAGAUAAUAAUCAAAUGGAAAUCGAUAAUGAAGAAAAUUUUUCAAUAUUACUUGAAAAAACAUUAAAUACAAUUAAAUUUAAUUCAAAUAUUUUACAAUUUAUUAUUAAUUGUUUUAUAAAACAAUUUAAUAAUAAUAAUAAUAAAUAUUUAGUUUCAUUAGCAUCGAUUAUUGAACGAAAAUAUCCAAUUGAUUUUGAUGAUAAUAUUCGACAACAAGCAGAAGAUUGUUCGAAUAAUGAAGAACGAAAGCGUGUAAGAGAAUUUGCAUCAAUGACAGCAAUUGGAUUUAAACAUCAACCUUUAUCUGAUCGUAGUUCACUUGCUAUUUGUCUUAAUCAUCCACAAGCACAAUUACGUAUUGAGGCUUUACAACGAAUUCGUGAAGGAAUUAUAGCUAAACAAAAUAUUGAAAAAGAAUUUUUAAUUGAUGUUCUUAUAUCACGUUUAAAUGAUAAUGAAACUAAAGUUGUUAAUGAAGCAAUUCUUCUUUUAGAACAAUUACAUUUAAUUGAUAAUCAACAAAUUAAUGAUAUUUUACAAAAAAUUCUUCAACGUGAAAAUGAAGAUUGGUCAUCAGUUCAACAAUCAAUUGUUCGUUUAUUAGCACUUGAUUCUACAAGUGAAACUAAAUAUCUUCAUCUUCUUUUUCCAACAACAUCAUCGGAACUUAAUUUAUUAAAUAAUCUUUUAGAAAAUUAUAAACAACAAAAACAAACAUCAUCACCAUUACUUAAAUUAACAAAAAAAAAUUUUAAAUCAACAACAAUCGAUAAUUUAUCUAUAACAAUUGAUCGAUUUAUUCAAUUGAUAACAACAAACGAUGAUCAAAAAAAUAUACUUUUACCAUUAUUACAACAAUAUGAUGAAAUUUUACGUCUUGUUGAACAUUAUCGACCAAAUUGGAUUAAAUUUUCUAUUAUCUAUAUAUUAUUAGGAAUUGAAACAAUUAAACAACAAGCUAAUAAUGAAUAUAUUGAAUUAGCUACAAUUAUAGUUUUUAAACUAUUAAAAAAAUUAUCUCAAGAAAUUUCUCCAACCAAGGAUGAAUCUAUAGAAAUACCUGAUAGUAAAACUUUAAUUGAUUUACAUGUAAUUAAAAAAAAUCCAUUAACAUCAACAAGUUAUGAUACUCUUUGGAAAUUAUUUAUUCAUGCAUUACCUAAAGAUCAUAAUCAAUCAUCAUUUUUCAAUGAUUUUCUAUCUGAAUGUAUUCAAUGGUUAUGUUCAGAAAAUAAAAUUUCUAUUCUUUAUCUUCUAUUCACUGAACAAUUUUCAUCAUUAAAUAAACUUAUUCUAUUUCUUGCUGAAUAUUAUUUAAAUUUAACAGAUAAAGAUCAUGAACAAGAAAUCAUAUUAAAAUAUCUUGUUAAACAAUCACAAAUAAUUGAAUAUACAAAUUUAUCAAUAUUAAUAUUUAGUUUUCUUCUUCAUUCAUCAUAUCGAACAAUACGUUUAUUAACAUUAAAAAUUUUUCAAACAAAAUUAAAAUGUUUAACAAAUGAUUUUGAUACAUUUAUUCAAAAUAUAAAACAUCAUGAAAAUGAAAUAAUAACAGAUUCUGAAUAUAUUUGUUAUUUAAUAAAACAAUUAAUUCAAACAAUUAAAUUAAAUGAAAAGAAAAAACGAAAAAUAAAUUUUGAUAAUUCAUCAUUAAUACAUUUAUUUAAAAUAACAAUUGAUCAAAAUGAUGAUUUAAAUUCUAAAUUAAAACAACAAUUAAAUAUUCAAUUACUUUAUUUAUUAAAACAAUGUAAACAUUGGUCAAUAUUUAAUGAAUAUCGUAUUGAUUUUGAAAAUCUUCUUCAACAAUCAGAACAAAAUUUAUCUUUAAAUCAUAAUAAAAUAUUUAUUGAAAAUAUUAUUCAACAUAUUAAUUAUGAAACAUUAAUACAUGAACAAUCAUUAUGUUUUGAAAUUAUUUUACAAAUAUUAAAACGUUCAAUUAAAAAAUCAAAAGCAUUAACAACUAUUGAUAUUAUGAUAUUAACAUUAAAACAAUUUACACCAGAAAUGUUUUCAUCACUUUCAUCAGAUUUUGAUAAACAAAUACAAUUAAUUGAUGAAUGUUUUUUAUUAUGGCAACGUUCAAAAUCUUCACAAUUAACAACAACAAUUAAAACAACACUUUCGAAAUUUCCAUUUGAGGCUAAACAUUUCUUAACUUAUUGGAAAAGUAUUCUCGAACCUGAUAAUCAAGAAAAUAAUACAAAUAUACAACAAAAUCGUUUAUCAAAUAAAAAAUUAAUUAUAUCAAAAACAAAUGAAGUAACAUCAACAAAUUCAAUAAAUACAAUGAUUAAUUGGAAAAAUUUAAUACCAUCAUUAGAAAUUUUACAUAAUGAUCAAUUAUUAAUUAAUAAUCGGCAUGAAUUAAUUCGUCCAAUUUUUCGUAUGCUUGAAAAAUCUUUAAAUGAAACAAAUGAAUUCGAACAAAAAACAUAUAUUCAUCAAUUAUGUACAACUGCUUUACUUAAUCUUUAUACACAAUUAAAACCAGAUGAAUGUAAUCCAGAUAUUUUUAAUAGUGAAAUUGUUAUGGAAUGUAUGAGACGUACAAAUGAUUUACAUACAACGCAACAAUGUCUUAUGCUUUUAUCUAAAGGCGCACAAUUAUUUCCUGAAAAAUUAAUUAGUAUGAUUAUGGCAAUGUUUGCUUUUGUUGGUGAUCGUCUUGUACGUAAGGAUGAUUUAUAUAGUUAUCAAGUUAUGGAAAAAACAAUAAAAACUGUUAUACCAUCUUUAUAUAAAGAAAAAAAUCUUGAACAACGUCGACCAAUACUUGCUAAAAUUACUCAUGUUUUUGUUACAUCAUUAGCACAUUUACCAGCACAUCGUCGUCAAGAUAUAUUUCGUAUGCUUAUGGAAUCAAUUGGUCAAGAUGAAUGUCUUUGGUUUGCACCAAUUCAAUUGUUUGAUUCAAUUCUUUUAUCACCAAUAAAUAAAAAAAAUGAAGAAACAUUAAAAAAAUCUUUAAUCGAUGCUAAUGAACAAAUGUUGAAUAGUUUUAAUCAAUUUUCAUCAUCAACUCUACUUAUUAGUCUUACACGUAUAUUAAAUGUUCUAUUAAAUCUACCUGAUCAAAUAACGAAAAAUCAAUCAACUCCAUCGACAUAUUCACAUUUAAUUGAUUUACGUUUAUAUACAACAAAACAUAUUCAUGUAUUUAAAUAUCAAUUAUUAGCAUUUGUUAAUAAUAUUCUUUCUGCUGAUUUUUUUAUUAAAAUGAUUAAAAAUGGUUUACGUCAAGAAAAUGAACUCAAUUAUUUAAAUGAAUUAAUUCAAACAAUUCUUCAUUGUUUAUUAUGGGCUAAUAAAUUAUCCGAAGAUGAUAUUGAUAUAAGUCGUUAUAAUAAAUCAAUAUUAAAUAAAAUUUAUGAUUGUUUAAAUAAAAGUAUUGCAUUAUUAAAUGGUUCAAUGUUUGUUAGUAUUAUAUCAAAUUUACUUCAACAACAACAAACUAAUGAAAAAUUACAAAGAAAAACUUUAGAAAUAUUAAAUACACGUCUUAAAGAUGAAUUUACAACAGAAAAUGAAAUUGUAUUAUUUUUACCACAUAUGGAUAAUUUAUUAUCAAUUGUUAAUAAAUAUUCAACACAUGAACAAGAACAAACAGCACAAACAUCUUUGUUUUCAAUUAAAUUAUUAGCUAAACGUUUAGCUGAAAAACAUCCGACAGAAUUUUCAUCACUUCGUGAAACAGAACAUUUAUAUGAAUCUCGUAAAUCAUUUCAUAAUCGUUUUGAAACAUUUGAACGAAAUGUACGUGAUAUAAUUGAAUUAAUUGAAAAUAAUGGACAAAUACAAAGUGCAACAUGGAAUCAAACAUUACAACGUUCACAACAAAUUGAAAAACAAUUACAAUCAAUUCAACCAUUACUUUUAACUAUUGGACAUGAAUUAGCUGAUCUUGAAGUUGCUGGUUUACCAAAAAUUGAAUUACAAACUGUACAAAAUACUUAUGAAGCUCAUCGACAACGAUUAAAUAUUUAUGAAAAUAUUUUACAAAAACGUAUCGAUUUAUUAAAACGUUUUGAAGAACAUAUAAAGCUUUCAAAUGAAUUACGAAAUAAAUUACAACAAAUAAAUGAUGAUCUACAACAAAAACAACAAAUUAAAAUUCAUGAUAUUGAUUUAUUAAAAACUCAGCUUGAACGUUAUACAACUGAUUUACGUACAAUACAAUCGGAAAGUAGUAUACUUGAUCGUUUAAUGGAAGAAAGUAAUACAACAAUAACAGAUUCAACAACUAAUCGAACUGUUUUCUUUACUGUUGAAAGUCGUAAUAUUCAAAAUUUAAUUGAUAUGGCUGAAAAUAAACUUACUCAACGUCGUACUCAAACUCAAGAACUAAAUCAAUUAGUAGAAGAUUUUACACAAGCUCAUAACAAUUUACUGUUGCGUAUCAAUAGUUUAAGUGCCAAUCUUCGUUCAGCUCGUCUAUCUGGUUAUACAAUUCAUGAUAUCGAAGAUCUCAUGAUUGUUAUCAAGCAUUUACAAGACGAAAUCGAACAUGAACUCGAUCCGUUAUUCAAACAAUUGAUACGAACAUCGAUAAAUCCAACGACUGAAAACGAAAAUGUAAUAGUAAAAACGCAAAUCGAUUGGGAAAAAUUAAAUGUUGAAACAAAUGAACGUCUCUAUGCUCUACAACGAGCACAUUCAUUAUAUAAUGAAAUAGAAGUACUUCAAAAACAAAUUGAAAUAACUAUACAUAAUGUUGAAUUAAUUCUAAAUGAAACUAUUAGUAGUUCCAAUUCAUUUCAACAAGCAAAAAAUCAUUUAAAUAAAUUAAAACAAAUUCAAUUAGAUCAACGUCAAAGCGCCGAACAUGAUAUGGCAAUAUGUCAAAAACGACGUGAUGAAUUUAUCGGUUUAUUAAAACCAUGGUAUGAAAUGAAUUGGUCUACAUAUUUUGAUCUCUCAGAUUUACAAACAAAAAUAAGAGAAAUAUGUGAAGUUAAUUUACAUGAUCAUAUAAAACGUACAGAAACCAUAUGUAAUUAUUUACAAUCCAUUGAAAAAAUUCAAAAAGAACUUGAUACAAAAGUUCAUGGACUUGAUGAAUUAGCAUCUAAAAUGAGUGAUAAUAUUGAUCAAAAUCGUUUUCUUGAAGUUGUACAAAUUCAACGUCCUAUUAUAGCUAAUUUAUUUACUCAAUUUGAUGAACAAUUAGCUCGUAUAAAUAUAAAUUGUAGUCAACAUCAUUUUAAUGAAUUAGAACAAUAUCGUCAUAAUAUUUAUCAACGUUUACAAAAUUUUGAUUAUCAAAUUAAUCAAUCUGUUGAAAAUGAACGUAAUAUUCAAGAACAAAGUUCAAAAUUAUUAUCAGAUCUUGAUUCACUUAAUCCAUUAUUAGUAAAAUUAUCUGAACAAACAGAAUCCUAUGAAAAAAUUUUUAAUGAAACAGAAUCUAUUGAAAAUUUUGUUAAACUUCAUCAACAAAUAAAACAAAUUCAAACUGAACUUUCAUUAUUGUUUAGUUCAAAACUUCAACGAUUAAAUGAAAGUAUUCAACAAUAUACAAAUCAUAAUAUUCGUCAUGAAAGUACUCAAUUAUGUACAACAUUGAUGAAUAUAAAUAAUCGUUAUAGAGUAUUAAGUCAAGAUAUAAAUCGUUUUAUUGAACGUAUAGAUGAACGUAUUGAAAGUGAAACAAAUAAUUCAAUUGAAAGUUAUAGAAAAUUUAUGGAAAAUUUACGUGUGAAAUUAACACGAAUAAGUACUGAUUAUCGUUUAACUAUUGAUGCUAAACAAAGAUUAAUCAAUGAAAUUGCUAGUUCAUUAACAAAUGGUCGUGUUUAUGUUAAUCAAGCAAUUGAACAUAUAAAAUUCACACGAAGUUUAUUAAAUAAUGAAUAUAAUAUUAAUGAAAUAGAUGAUGAAUGUCAAGCUAUUGAUGAUGAAUGGAUUGAAUUUAUAAGUGAUUUUGAUGAUCAAAAACAAGAAAUAACUAAGUUAGAAAAUGAAAUAAAAAAAUUUGAUUUGGAAAUCAAUAGAAUUCAUCAAUGGUUAAAACAACAAGAAAAUUCUUUUCAAUUAUUGAUUGCAAAUCAACCAACACUUGCAUUAAAAUUAGAUAAACUUGAACAAAUAAAAAUUCUUAUUCAAAAUUUGGAAACACACGUUGAUCUUAAACAAGAACUAAAACAACUUGAAAAUAAAGUUUCAAUGGUUUCUUUAAUUCAAAAUUAUAGUCAAUCUAUGGAAAAACGACAACAAUUACUUUCAAAUGCUCAAGAUGCAUUGAUGCAAGCAUCAGAAGCUGUUGAAUAUCAUGAACAUUUUGAAACAAUAUCAGAAAGAUUUCAUCAAUGGAUGACAGAUGCUGAAAAUCAAUUAGAAAAACAUACAUCAACUAAUGAAAUGAAAUCAGAUUAUGUUAUUGAAGAACAUUAUAGAAGUGUAGAAGAUUUAAUCAAUGAAAAUAUUGAUGGUGAAAGUCUUCUUUCAAAUCUUGAGGAUUGUCUUGAACAAGUAUUCAAAACAACUUCAAUUGAAGGUCGUACACAACUAAAACAUAUCAUAACUGAAUAUCAAGCACGUUGGUCAAAUUAUAAUAUAAAACAAAAACAAUUAAAACAAAUUUUACAUAAUGUUAAAAUAGAUCGUAUGGAAAUUGAUGAAACAUUAAAUGAAAUAAAUGAUUGGAUAACUGAACAUCAUUAUAAAUUAAAUGAUUUAACAAAUAAUUUAAGUUUACGUGAUGAAAAUCGUAAACGUUUAUAUCAAUUAAAAUGUUUUUCAAAUGAUAUUAAUGUUAAACAAACAUUAUUAAAUACAUUAAAAGAAAAAAUUCUUGACAAUGAUCGAUUUGAUAUAAUUCAACAAAUAUUAAAUGAAUUUCAAGAAGAACUUCGAAUAAAAACAAAUUCUUUAGAAGAAUUUGUUCGUACACAAAUAUUUAUUGAAGAUAGUAAACAAUUCAUAAUGGAAAAAUUAAAAUUUUUAAUGGAUCGUUUAUCAUUAUGUACAAAAACAGAUUGUGAUUUAGAUACAUUACAAAGUCGUUUAAAUAAAAUAGAAGAAUAUAAAUAUGAAUUAGAAAAUCUUGAACAAGAAUUUAAUCAAAGUUAUGAACAAUAUCAAUUGAUAAUUGAAUUUAAUUUAAAUUCAACAAUUAAAUUAAAUUAUCAACAAAAUUUUGAACAAAUGCAUUUAGUUAUUGAUAAUGGUAAACAAACAAUUGAACGUGCUAUUUUAGAAUUAAAACAUUUAUGUGAUAUAUGGUAUCAAUAUGAAAAACAUAAUAAAACAUUUGUUUCAUGGUUAAAUCAAACAGAAAAUGAAUUAACUUCUUUUAUAGCUACAAAUAAUGAUGAUGAUGAAUAUACAAUUGAGUAUUUAAAUCAAUUAAGUGAAAAUAUUUCCGAUAAAGAUAAACAAUUAAAACAACUAGAAGAAUUUGAAUCAUUAAUUAAUGAUUAUGAUUGGUCGAGACAAGCACAUAAUACUUCGAUUUUAAGAGAAAGGUAUCUAUUAUAG